AUGAAUACACUAUUUACAAUCUCUUAUUUACAUUUAGUCUCCCUUGCAGCACAUCACAAAGACCAGGAGCAAUGCAACCAGUGCAAUUGCAAUCAGGGCGUAGAACCACCACUGCUUGUAAAUUGCCGUUCCAGAAGCAAACUUGUACUUUCCGCCUUCUUCAGCCAGAAUCACCUUGCUCUGCACCAGAAACUCCUUCUGGUCCGCCCCAACGCAGAGGAACUCGAGCACGUUGAGCGUGUUCUCGUCCUCAAUCGCAGCAGACAGGUCGACCUUGAACUCCUUGAAGGCCACCUUGCUCUCCAGGAACUCCUUCUUCUGCGUAUCGCUCAUUUUGUCCCAGUCUGCCUGACUUGGCACGUCCUUGUCGUCAAGCACGCUGCUGAUCGAUGA